GCCACUAAGAUCAUAACUGUGCUGCAGAAAGCUUUGGAGCUCUGCGUAGUGCUGGCUCACACCCCAGAGCCUGCUGCCUUCCAGAAAUAGCCGUGUCCUUGUGCUCUGGACACCCGGGGGGUUUGCGGGGGGCUCGAGGCUGCUGGGACUGGUGCCCCUUCCUUAGGGCUCACUGGCUGCCUUGGCUAACCCGAGGUUUGUGCCGUUCCUGGGAUGCCUUGUACCAGUAGCUAUGGAAACAGAGGGCUCCUGUUAGACCAGGGAUGGAAAAUGCUAUUCUGAGAGGCGAAGUGGCGUUCGGUGAGCCUGGGGUAGGAGGGAAGGCUGUGUUCUGAGAAUAAAGCUUUUACAAAGGCAGCUGGAGAGAAGCAGAGGGGAAAGAAGCUGCUGCUGCAAGUGGGAUCUCGCAACAAGUGCUAUAAAUGGGGGACAUUGUUAGAGCAGAAAGCGGAAGGAAGCACCGUAAUGAAGCCCAGACUGCUCUCAAGGCUCCUCAAUUACUCACGGGGUGCUCUGAGUUCAGCCCUUGUGUAACACAGCCCACUCCAGGCUGAAUCCUCUCUUCUGACAGCACAGCCGCAAUCUCAGUCCCUUUUUAACACUACCCUGUGCCCGGGCUCGACCUCGCCGCAGUGCACCCAGGACACAGGGGAGCAGCAGGAGGAGGCUGCGGGGGCCAUGGGCGGCCACAACCCCACCGAGGUACAGAUGAGCCAACUGGUGCUGCCCUGCCACAGCAACCAGCACGGGGAGCUCAGCGCCGGGCAGCUGCUCAAGUGGAUCGAUACGGCUGCUUGCCUAUCGGCUGAGAGACAUGCUGGCUGCCCGUGCGUCACCGCCUCGAUGGAUGACAUCUAUUUUGAGCACACCAUUAGCGUUGGGCAAGUCGUUAACAUCAAAGCCAAAGUGAACCGAGCCUUCAACUCCAGUAUGGAGGUGGGCAUCCAGGUGAGCUACGAGGACCUGUGCAGUGGGAAGCACUGCAGCAUCUGCAAGGCUUAUGCCACCUUUGUGGCGCAGGGCCCCCCAGGCACCAAGGUGAAGCUGAAGCCGCUGACCCCGCAGACAGAGGAGGAGAAGAUCGAGCACAGCAUCGCAGCUGAGCGCCGUCGGAUGCGGCUGGUGCACAAGGACACCCUGAAGGACCUCCUUACCCGCAGCACCAGUAACGCCGAGAUGGAGACAAGGGAUGGCAGCGUGGUGGUGCCGGCUGAGAAGACGCGAGUGGAGAGCGUGGAGCUGGUGCUGCCGCCGCACGCCAACCACCAGGGCAACACCUUUGGUGGGCAGAUCAUGGCCUGGAUGGAGAAUGUGGCCACCAUCGCAGCCAGCCGGCUGUGCCAUGCCCACCCCACGCUGCGUGCCAUCGAGAUGUUCCACUUCCGCGGGCCGUCGCAGGUCGGGGACCGCCUGGUGCUCAAAGCCAUCGUCAACAACGCCUUCAAGAACAGCAUGGAGGUGGGGGUGUGCACCGAGGCCUACGACCAGGAGAUGUCUGUCAGCCGGAGACACAUCAACAGUGCCUUCAUGACCUUUGUGGUGCUGGAUGAGGAGGGCCAGCCCCGCACGCUGCCCAUGGUCGUGCCCCAACCAGGGGAUGGAGAAAGGCGGUACAGAGAAGCCAGUGCUAGGAAGAAGAUUCGGCUGGACCGGAAAUACGUUGUCUCCUGCAAGCAGACAGAGGUGCCGCUGUCUGUGCCCUGGGACCAAAGCAACAAGGUGUACCUGAGCUACAACAACGUCUCUGCAUUGAAGACACUCGUAGCCAAAGCCAACUGGGUGCUGGCCAGGGAGAAGGAGAAGGUGCAGAUCUACACACUAGAGGAGGACAAGUUCCUGUCUUUCCGCAUUGAGAUGUUGGUGCACAUCUCAGCCAGCCAGGCCUUCUCUCUGCUCUCUGACCUGCGGCGCCGGCACGAGUGGGACAGCCACUAUGAGAGUGCCGAGCUGGUGCAGCAGGUGGAUGAGGAUGAUGCCAUCUACCACGUGCUGAGCCAGACGCUCAGCCGUGAGAACAAGCCACAGGACUUUGUCAUCCUGGCCUCCCGGCGGAAACCCUGCAGCAGAGGGGACCCCUACGUGGUGGCCUUUCGGUCAGUGACGCUGCCCACGCACCCAGCCAGCAGCACCUACACACGGGGUGAGACGCUCUGCUCCGGCUUCUGUGUGUGGCCAGAGUCAGAGGAGAUGAGCAAGGUGGCUUACUACAACCAGGCGACACCGGGGUACCUCAACUACGUCACCACCAACGUGGUGGGGCUGUCCUCCAACUUCUGUGCCACCUUCGAGGCCUGUGAGAAGUUCCUGUUGAAGAACAAGGAUGACCUGAUCGCGCGGCUGCAGCAGCUCUAGGCCAGUCUGGGGCUCUGCUGUUAUCCAUGGACAGACGGGGUGGUGGCACUCAGACUGUGCCUCACUGAGUGGGAUGGGGAUGGAGAGGUGUCACAGGGAUACACCACCCUCACACUGAUACUUCACCAACCAGUCCUUUUUUUUUUCUUCCUAAUUUUAUAAGCUGCUGAGUAGGACUUGAGCAUUAGUUGAACUAACGUUACUUGAAUCUUUGUACAAUCCCAACUCUUCCUAAUACUGAUUUUUUAAUUGUUUCUUAAUGAGGUUUUUGUAGUGGUGGGGAUUGGGGCCAUGCUGGGGGAGGUGCUGAUCCACUGUCCCUUGGCUCCCACGCAGAGCAGGGGGAGAUGCAGCUGCUGGGUAGGAAAUGGGCUGUCAGUGCAUCCAUGGUGGGGCUGUCAGGUUUUCUCUGUUCCUGCAAGCAGGUGGGCUGCCACCAUGCCCCUGCCUCACAGCCAGUAAUUCAGAUGCUGAUGGCUUGCUGAAAUCCCAACCCCAUUGCGCUGCCCUGCAGUCCUGCUGCUGACUGGGGCUCUGCGUGGAAGGAGCGGCAAUAAAAGUGCAUCAAAAGGAAA